AUGGCGUCUCUUCUCCGUGGUGCGGCUUUCAUCACCGGCGCGGCUUCUGGCAUCGGCCAAAAAACGGCCCUCGCCUUCGCCCGCAACGGCAUCACCCGCCUCGCCAUAACCGACAUCAACUCCCAAGCCCUCGAGGCCACGAAAUCGCUCCUUAGCGAGAAGUACCCCUCCGCCGAGGUCCUGACGCUUCCUUUGAACGUCCGCGACGCGGCUGAAGUAAAAGCCGGCAUCGCGGAGACGGUAUCGCGCUUCGGGCGCCUCGAUGUGGCUGUGAAUAACGCGGGGAUCGCGGGUAAGGGGGAAUUGACGCACGAGGUUGACGAGGAGGAGUUUGGCGGGAUUGUGGAUGUUGAUUUGUAUGGGGUGUGGAGGUGCCAGAAGGAGGAGAUUAGGGUUAUGUUGGAGCAGGAGGCCCUUGGAGUGAGAUGCGGUCGAGGGGCCAUCAUCAAUGUGGCCUCCAUCUUUGGCGUCGUCUCGCCUUCGCUUUUCAUGGCGCAGACGGCGUAUUCGGCUGCGAAGCACGGAGUCAUGGGCCUGACAAAGAGCGACGCAAACAACUACGGCCGUCGAGGCAUCCGCAUCAAUGCCGCGGGGAGCCCGCUGAGUCGGUAUGUUGAGAUGACGCCGUUGCAGCGGCUGGGGCAGCCUGAGGAGAUUGCUGAUUGUAUCACGUUCCUUGCUUCUGAUAUGAGUAGUUUUAUGCAGGGGUCUGGGUUGGUUGCUGAUGGUGGGUUUACGGCUCAUUAG